CCUCGGAUACUGUGGUCAACGGAAAACAAACCACAUAGCUUUGUGAGGCUGAAGAGAAAGACAUUCGUCUCCCGGGUAGCGUGAUAGACACAAUGGCAAGGAGACUGUCCGCCUUGUUAUCGCUUUCACGCGAUGAGAAGGACCAGCACUCUGAAAGAUCAGGCUCUUCAGAUGCAGGUUCUCUCGAAUACGCUCAAUCGUCCACUACAGCACCCGCGCCUCGUAAACUGCACAAACACAAUAUCCCAAGCCCCUUCGAAGGCUACAACGAUGGAAAUCCUCCUCUAGCACCACCUCCUUUUUCACACAAUGGGCUGUAUCGACCGCCGAGCAGUCAACGGUCGGAUAGCCGCCCCGGCAGUCAGGCGGACAGUCGAGCAGGCAGUCGAGCGGGAAGUCGAGCCAGCAGCCCCCCUAGCCUGAAUCUGGUUCGAAGUCGAGAUAAUAGUCGAAGUCGUCCUCAGACGCCGAGCAUCUCGGUACCACCAGAUGCCAUGCCCCCUGCUCGACCAGUCACACCAACAUCCACAAAGAGCAAAAAGAAGAGUUGGAUAUCUACAAGAUCAGACCGGAAGAGUUACGACAGUCAGGCGCAGGGAUACGGGCAGCAGGCUUGGAUCGCUGGGCUUCGAGAGUUUGUUGGUUAUGAUGUGACAACGCUUUUGUAUGGCGAGAAGGUACCCGAGCUUUGGAAUGAUCAAGGUGAUACCAUCGUCUACCUCUACCCUCCUUCAUCAGGGAAAGGUCCAUGCUUUCGACUCGAUUCGGUUCUCUUGGCAGACUCCAGAGCGCUCGUCAACCUGCGAAUGCAGUCGCCAUCUACUGCAGUCGAUAAAGAUGGUGAUAUGCAGGUGCUACAGCAUGCCCUUUCCGAGAUCACCUUGCCCUCAGGCCAGCUGCGGCCUCCUUCACAGGCGAGCUCCAUUUCUCAGCCAUCCAUCAAUUUUUCAGCAGCAGGAGUUGUCUCUGCCGCAGGCCAGCAAAAGCAUGUGUAUCUGCCUCUUGGCUUCGACGAAGAUCUUUCUUAUCCGGAAUCCGAACCUCAAGGCAAUGAUUUCGAGUUGAUCUUGUUGUAUCGCAACUUUUUUGCAUUCCUUGCGGGUGGCGCAUUGGUUGCAACACCGAGACAGGUCACGUUGUUUUCCAUCUUCAUGGGAAUCAGCACGAUUCUCAGAAGAUUUUCAUUUACCAACGCAGACGGCUCGACAUUCGGGGAUGUGCCGACCACGAGUUUUGCACGAUAUUGCGACGAGCUGAGGUUGUCAGACGUCCGUUCGAGUCGAGAAAAGACGAUUGAAGCUAUCGUUCUGGGCGAGCAAGUCAAGUCGUGGGCGCUUUACAACGAAGGCUUUACUCAUGCCGUCGGUAGAUUGGCAGAUAUCAAGGCUAUGAGGAGUCCGAAGUAUGAGAAGAUGUCACCAAUCACCAUGAAUCGAUUGGAACGGGCACAACUUGAUCUGGAACAGAGACUAAUGACGGUUAGAGGCAAGCUCGAAGACUAUGAGUUUCCCUCCAUGUUUGCAGGUAUUGCAGACUCUCAGAGUUCGAGCCGAGCUUCGCGGUUCAAAGAGUGGAAAGCUGCUUUCCUAGACGUUCGAAAAUUCACCAUUGCUCAUUAUCGGCGCAAGUACGGGUCCUGGCCACCCAAGGCAUCAUCGAAGAAGAACAACUUCGAGGAAAGCGGUCUAAACAGACUUUUGCUUCGAGAAGUCUACAAAGACUUUACCGACCUGUAUGAUGUUCUUGUUGAUCGAUCAUCUCUCACAACAAGAACUGUGGAGAUGGCUGCGAUGACUGACAAUUCCGAAACGAGUGACAUGGAAUUCAUACAACAUGCGGUUCGUCGUAUCGAAAGCGAGUACGACCGAGCGGCGCCUCCCGUGAUGCCACCGAUUCCAUUUGACGCGCCACUACUUCCACAGUUUUCAAACAGUUUCAACAGGGACCACGUACUUGGUCCGGAUGCAGCGACGUUGCAAGGAAAGAAACUGAGAGAAAAUGAAGUCAAUGAGGUGUUGUUGGGCUCAUACAAUCGCGAGUCGAUCAAUGCAAGCACGUGGAUCCAAGACUUUUUCAAUUAUGAGCGUCGCUCUGGUGGCGGCAAAACCUUGGACCAAAUUGUUGAUUACCGAUGCGGCCACUGGCUGUUUUUGUAUGCGGUGUUGCAAUCCCUGCCUAUGACUGUUGUGGAUGCCAGAGACCUCAAGCACACAGAUGGGGUGGAGUAUUUCUUAUGUGUUGCUCCAAGAGGAGGAAGACCAUGGGUGAAGGAAGACCAAUCGACGUCUAGGGCAUGGUACAACGUUGCUAGUGGCGGCGGUGUGGUCAGUUUGCCAGCCGACUUGAUUGACCAUAGUGUCGAAGGUAUUUACCGACGAAGCCAUUGCUGGACAGUAGCGACCAGGUGGGCAGAAACCCUCCAAAGACCGACAGCUGCUUUACAGCCACAGAAGCUUCAAACUGGCAGCUCGCCAUUCCUCAACCCUCAGCAAGCGCCAUAUCUGGAUCCUGGCACCUCACCACUCAUGAAGCCACUCUCGUCGGCCAGUUCGAACGAGCUAAGAAAUGUCAGCAGUCGAAGUUCGGUAAAUCUUGGAUUGGAUGCAAUGGAGGCACCACCUCCUCAGGUGCAGUCACGGCCCAAAGCAAAUCCGAACUACAAUCCCAACCUCACCUUCGACUCAAUUUUGGGUGGUAGCGAAGAUCCGAAGGCGAAAGGAAAGAGGGGCAAAAAGUAAACACGGUCUACGUGUAAUGUUGGAUUUUCUGCAUAGCGAGGAUUGUCAUUGUA